AUGGUGCAGGGUCCCUUGGAAAGACACUGUGCCAUGAUCCUGUGUGUCAGGGCUCUGGGUGGAGGUAAGAACCGACCUGGGGAGACCAAAGGGGAGAAUGAUAUUCACAUGGUGCAGGUCCCAGGUAACACACUGACUGCCAUGAUCCUGUGUGUCAGUUAUUCACUAAACUGUGAGUUUAAAUGGAAUUUCACAUUUAAAGUCAAACUGGUAACAUUCUCUAAGUCAGCUUUCAGUGUAGCUGCUCUGACCUUAAAGGGACACUAUAGUCACCAGAACAACUACAGCUUAUUGAAUUUGUUCUGGUGAGUAGAAUCUUUCCCUUCAGGUUUUUUGCUGUAAACACUGUCUUUUCAGAGAAAAUGCAGUGUUUACAUUACAGCCUAGGGAUAACUUCACUGGCCACUCCUCAGAUGGCUGUUAGAGAUCCUUCCUAGGUCAUCAUGGCUGCCUAAAAUGCAUCCAAACAUUCAGUGUCUCCUCCCUCUGCAUGCAGACACUGAACCUUCCUCUUAGAGAUAUAUUGAUUCAAUUCAUCUCUAUGUGAAGAUGCUGAUUGGCCAGGGCUGUGUUUGACUUGUGUUGGCUCUGUCCCCUUCAGUCUCAGCCAAUCCUAUGGGGAAGUAUUGUGAUUGGUUUAGAACAACACUUCUGAUGAUGUCAGCAGGCAGCUUGCAGAUCUGAGGCAGACAGGUGUUCAGGCUUGAAUACAAGUAAGAUUUUCUAUCUUUAGGGAGGCAACAGAAGGCCAGUGGGGCUAGCUGGUGGUUUUUAACACUAUAGGGUCAGAAAUAUGUCUGUGUUCCUGACCUUAUAGUGCUCCUUUAAAUUUAAAUGUCACAUCAGAUUCUCACAUUGUGUAACCACUCUGUAUUCCUUCAAGCUAUUCUGACAUCAUCAGUAUGUAUAUAUGUGAAAUUAUUACCCCAUUAUCAUUUAUCAUUAUUAUUUAAUAUAAGAAAUAGGCAAUUUAUCAUUUUAUUUAUUAUGCCUUAAUGCAUUAGAAUGAUAAUACCAUAAAAGUUCCCUUCCUAAAGCUCGUGCUUACCAAACAGUAAAUUGGCUAAAAUGUAUCAGCGGAUGCUCAUACUCCUUAUUACUUCCAAAAGGAGCUUUAAGCCAAUCCCACAGACUGCCGACCCAUUCAGGUUCCGAAUAUGUAGUUCUGCUUUUAAGAGCAAUUACGCUCCCACUCCCACAUUACGCCCCACGGUAAAAUGUCAAACCGCCUUGAUACGAUUUGACAACAUACCGAGAGAAGUCAGUCGACAAUUUUAGUGAUUCAGUUCCUGCAUCAGUUUAUUUUGUUCUAAAACAAAAUCCUCAUUCUGCUGGAUAGGUCAGAUAUUGUUCAGGACUCCGGCAAGUUGUCAAAUCAUUCUAAAACAAUUUGACAGACUACUCUGGAAGGACGCCAGGGCACCCUUGGCACUAUAACCACUAUCUAUAAUUGUAAAGCUCUGUGGAAUAUGUUAGUGCAAUAUAAAUAUAAUAACAUACCUCAUUUUAUACUCUAAAAUUCAAGCUAAAUCAAACUUCUAUCAAGGGUAUUUAACCUGUCUCAAAAUGCAAAUAGGUUAGGGAAUAUAUUACAAAUCAAAUUAUUAUUUAUUUAUUUUUUAACAGUUGCCCUGUCUAGGCCUUCUCUCCAAUGCAUGGGUUUGCAUAAUCGGACACUGCAACAUAGGUAAAUAUGGAGUGUUACUAUGUAAUUUUCUUUCUUUCUUUUUUUUUUUUUUAUUGUUCAUUAAAAAAGUACUUAGAGUUGGUUCUCGGACCAGUAUAUUGCAUUAAUCAUGUUUCAAAAAGGUUAAAAUGUGAAUAUGAAUUCUACUUGACCAACACACUAAGGUACAUCAAUGUGGCCCUAUUGUCCAAAGCAUUUGUUUUAUAUAUGGCCUUUUAUGUGACUCUACAUAUGCUUAAUUGUUUCUUGCAGUUCUCUUCCUAAGACAUCUUUAUCUGAACCCCCUUGGCCAGAAACCAAGCUUCCAGACCCCAUUGAAGAAGCAGAACAGCACAAAGGUUGGUUUUUAAAUUUCUUACAGUCUCCUGCUGGAGUUACCAAAUUUGCAAUCUGUUAAUGUAAAGGGAUCGCUUAACCUAUCAUGCUUGGUAAAAUGUAUGCUCUAUACAUUUGUGUACUCCAGCUGAAUACAUCCGUGAAGAAUCUCCCAAGUGCCGUAGUGAUUAUAAGUGUGAAUAUAGCUCCCAAUCCCCCAAACUUGAGCCUAGACUUCAUGAAGGGGUAAGAUGAUCUGUUUAAUCCAGGCUCAAUGGCCCGCUUUUAUGCAGUACAAGGACACAGAAAACACGCCCAUGACACUUCCACACAAAACAGGGUAAUCCCUCCCCGUGCCUGGGAGAUAAUAUAUGACUUGGAAAUCCCGAACCCCUGAAUCAAUCUGGGUUUUUUUUUUGGGGGGGGGGGUUUUUUUUUUUUUGGAUAUGUUGGGCCCACAGAUCGGGGCUAUCAUGGUAUGUGACUUUUGUGGGGUUUCCAUGUGUUUUGGGGGUACUUUUGGGUUAUUGUAAAAUGUGUUUUCUGUGCCUAGAGAUAAUUGAGUUUAGUACAGUUUCUGACUCAGUUAUCUGACAGGCACAGGGGAGGGAUUAUCCUGUUUUGUGUGGGAGUGUUCUGGACCUGGAGUGGGGAAUGCCCCUGGAAUAUGUUAUGGAAAACUCCUUGCAUGGGGACUUGCAUUUAAGGCCAGUUGUGGCUGCCAUUAAACAGUUCUCCUUCACCCUCAACAUAGAGCCUAGUGUCAUUCUUGGAGGGAACAACUAUAUUAACUCUGGGGAUUGCUAUAAUCACUAUACCUCCAUGGAUUAUUAUCACUAGCUCUUGUAAGAGCUAUACUUUCUGGAGUAGGAGAGGUCUACCCAUUGGAAGCUGGAUCCCGGUCUUGGAUCCAGGGUGGGUGGAGGACAGCGAGACCCCAACCAAGCUGUCAUGCUGGCUGCGCGGAUGCCGGUGGUUAUGUAGUCUGGUGAAGUGCUUAGAAGUACUGGGUGAUACUAGGAAGCAUCGAUUGGCGGAGGCACCCAGUUGGGGUUCCAGGCGGUCCGUCACAACAUUGUGCUAGCAAACGUAUAGGUUGGGAGAAAAGAAAUGCUUCAAAAUGGGUAUUUCUCCAUCCUGUCUGUGAGUUUUUUUCAGCAUAGUCUCUGUGCUGAAGAAUCAAGUGACAAGGAGAGUAGCCGAGUACUCCCACAGGUGGUCCUUCUGCUCUACAAGCACAGCUCAUGCACACAUCCCCAUGGAAGCAUCCCAAGCAGGGCAAUUCAAAGAAGAGAGUGGGCGAAGUGCAGCCAGGCCACUGUAGUGAAGGAAGGUGUUACAGAAGAAUUACAUCCAUGAAAGUGAGACAGUGGGCACUGGAUCAGAGGUUCAUUAAUAUCUAAAACUUCUACAUUUAAUUCAUCAUGUAUCUCUGUGAUUUAUGGGGGAUUUAUAUUAACAUUAGAACUUGUCAGGUGUGAUAACUUCCCCUGUCCCUGAUUAGAGUACUGCUCCCCCACAUUUGUAAUAAAAAUAAAAUAAUGGUUUUACUAACCUUUUUCUAGCGCCCAGACUCCCUUGACUUCUUGGCUCUCCACCUCCCACAACAUCAUUGAGGAGUCAUGGCCUCCUCCAGCGAUGGUCCAGUCCAUCCAAUCUUCAUAGAGGAGCAUUGGGGACCCGAUGCACAUGCACGACUGGUCCUGCGUGCUCAUCUGAUGCUUCUCAUGGAAAAACACUGAAUCAAUGCUUUCCCAUGAACUACUGUGUUACAUGCAAUGGAAACUCCUCUGGAAUACGGGCACUAGUGGUAUGUUUAACCCUGCAAUGUAAGCAUUGAUGUUUCUACAAAACUGCAAUGUGUUACAUUGCAGGGUUCAAAAUGACAAGAUCACUGCGCCCAGAUCACUUCAUUGGAAUAAAGUGGUCUGGGUGCUUACAGUGUCCCUUUUAAUGUGCAUGUUGGAUGAAAAAAAACAGCUGACUAUGUUUUCACUAUCUGUUUUAAACAUAAUGCAACCAGGAAGCAUGUGUAGUAUGCCAAAUUAUGCAUUGCUCCUCCUCCCCAAAAAAAAAUAAAUCUGCAGUGAUUGUUCAUUUUCUGUCAAUUUAUUUUAUACAAUAUGUGUAAUUCUGACUUUGACCCAAGACAGAGUGAUCAUGUAACUUUUGCUUGAAGGAACACCUCCCUUUACAAAACAACUACAUCUCAGUAAUGUUGCUUUGGGGUUUAGAGUCUCUGGGUGAUGUCUUAUCUUAGUGGGACACUCCAUACCCCUAACGAACUUUAGCUUGCCUUGCUGAAAUGCUUUAUGUGUGAAGAAUGUGUCCUUUUUUUUAUUUUUUUUUUAUUUACUUCUUGGUUUGGUUAUCUCAGUGAAGACAUACUCAGAAAAUGGCAAUUGCCCAGAGCAACUGCCUUGCAUGUACUUUUAAUUGAGCUGCAUUGGGAAGUCUGCGAUUGGACAGCCACAGAAAGUAUGGGCGGGGUUAGAAGGGGAGGGCUUGCAAAGGCUGCAGCCAAGAAAACUGCAGCUUUUGCAUUCUGUUUUAGAUAUACUCUGAAUGAACAAAAAUAAAAAUACAUUAUAAAAUGCAUGUUUUCACAUAUCUACUUGGGUAGUGGAGUGUCCCUUAAAAGUGUUAAACAGUUGGGUCCCCAGGGGUCCCCUCUCCUCUGCUCGGAUGUCAUACAAAAGAGUACUUGUUGACUUGUGUGCUAGUGAUUAUCUAUGAACAUCAGCUGAUGCCCUCAGCCUAUCCCUGCCAGCCAAGUACAGUGUGUACAGUUACUCUCAAUCGGUAGCCAGUCACUAGUGCAGCUGGUCCGCAAAGCUUCUCAUCGAUUGGGAAAGAAAGGUUUGCAGUAGCUGCUGAUAAUAAAUCUGCAACUCUUGCAAGCUAAUAUUUCAUAUAUUCCCAAAGAAAACAUGCAGAAAGAAUUACAAGCAUGAUUUCUUUGGAGUUAUCUCUGCUAAUAUAAAGAAGUGUUUUCCUUAAACCAAAUUGGGAAAUGAAUAAUGGAUUUUACCUGCUUAUAUAAAUGUGUGUGUGUGUAUAUAUAUAUUUCUUUUCUAAUAGAACUUUUGAAGAAAAUAAACAAUCUAAUAGCCACAGGACAAUGUGGUAGACUUUUUGCCGUGAUAUAUUUUUCGAACAGACAAUGGAAAGUAACCAACGAGGACCUGAUUUCACUAGACUGCGCGGUAGAAGCCCAAUGUGGUGACCGAAUCCGCUUAGAAAAGGUGAGGAUUUCGCUACCUACCUGAAUGAAACCUUGAUAUCAAAUAGCUGAUUGGUUCUACUUCAUUCACCUUCCACAAAACGAGUGGACCGCAAAGUAGACGUUUAACCUAUUCUUUAUUUUAUGGAGAUUCUAAUCAAGUCAUGUUUACAUUAUCUUCUUCCUCCAAUAUUUUAGGGCAGCAGAGUGGUUAUAGUGUCUAGAGUCCCCUGGCACCAUCCAUUUAGUAAUUCACCAUUAAACAGUUUUUAUUGGUUUAAGGCUAGAUGACCGUCUUUAGCAGCCUUCUCCCUCUGUGCUGCUUGGGCUAAUGAGGAAGCACUAGCAUGAGCAGCAGCGGGUGGUUGUGAUUGGCUGAAGGUGACUACUACAGAUUGUUGGUGUCAGUUGAUAGGUGAGUGUUCUCUUUGCCAUACUUACAGUGGCUGUCAGGCUCUAGGUGGCCAGGGACCCUUUUUAUUGUUAAACUGAUUGAAAAUGUUUAACACUGAAUGGAAGGACAACAGGGACUAUAACCACUUCGCUGGGAUGAAAGAGCUAUAUUGUACCUUUUAAUGUUUCUUUCUUCUGAUGUCUUAUGUGUGUGCCGCUCGGUGUCUAUGGAGCUAUUGCACACAGUGAUCAGCACUGCUGUUUGGUAUAUGUAUUCAUGCAAUUUAAGCAGGUCAGCGGUUUUAAACAAAAUAAGACACUGGGGGGUUGCCGGCUAAGGGCUAUUCUUCCUGACAUCACCCCAUUCCUAUGUUGAUAGUAGAGAAAAGAAAACAAGUAACAUAAAUGUAAAAAAUUUAAUAAUUUUCUGCCAUAGCCCAGCAACCGAAAUGGUAGGCAGCUCCUCACAAACUGAAAUAGCUCUGUACGUAGUGAGCAUAAUACUGCACUGAAAACCUUCUGCCUAUUGAUUCAGCUGGUGCAUGGCGCCCCCUUUGGGCAUCACCACUCAAACACAAGAAAAAAAUAACAGGACCUUGCUAAUAUAGCACCCUGGGAAUUUCGCACUAUACUGUUACAGCACAUGGGGCUUAUUAGCCACAGAGGCGUCUAAUGUUGAAGCCCCUAUAAUGAAAUAAACAUGUGUUUUUAUAGAGGGCACAGGGUCAGCAUCUGUGGACCUCCUGCAGAUUAUGGAGCACAGAUACCUCUUUUUCCCUAAGUUAAAGAUGGUCCUGACUUAUAUGUCUGUCUGCUUCUUUCUAGACAGCUCAAUCAGUGUGUUCUAAAAUAGAAGGGGUGGGGGGCAGAAUAAACCAUAAAUGAAAAGACACCAUGAAUAAUAUAAGGCACAUUCUUCAAGGAAACGUUAAAGUGAUACUAUAGUGCUAGGAAUACAAAGUUGUUGUAUUCCCCCCGCACUGUAAGAGUUAAUAAACCCUCAUUGUACUUACCCGAUUCCAGCACCGCUCUCCCUAGGUGCUCUGCCUCCUCUGACUUCACCUUACUUCAUUGCUGCAAUGCUUUCCUACGAGGAUUUUAAUCACGCUGGAUGUCCUCAUGCAAAGUGUGAGGAUGUCCAGCAUCGGAUGACCAAAAGUCACCUAAAAAGCUGAUUGACAGUCACUGGCAGGGUUAUAACAUUCAGGCAAUUACAUUCUUCUUCUAGAACAAUUUCAAAAUGUGUAGAUUGUUUGUGUUGUGAUGGGCUAAGCAGUAUAAUUUAUAUUUAAAAUGAUUCAUGUGCUCCUUAUUGGAUUAACCUUCAAGAUGCCAGAUAGGUAAACAAUGAUUUCAAUCAUCCCAUGAAAUACCAAUCAGAACAGCUAGACAUCUGUUACAAAGAACUUUCUAUUGUUAAUUCCUGUGAAAAUAUCUCUGCUUGGUAGAAUGUCCGAGUACACGGAACGUAGUUAUAUAUAGCUGCUUAUCUGGAAGCUUGGGAGAGCAAUUUUCCAUUCUUGACUUUGUGUGGUGUUACAAUAACCUCCUGCUUCUUGUACGUUUUUCAGGGCAAGUGUGAAGGGAAAGUGUCCCCCCACCCCCUCACCCUGUUAAAAUUAAUUCUCCAGUCCAAUCCCUUUGCAGAAUCUCAAGUUCUUUUGAGAAAUGCAAGUUGACAGGUGACGAGGAGGAAGGGAACAUGGCUUAAACGUUUAACCCCACUUUUGUCUGUAGGUAUCAGCGUUAUGGCUCCUGUGAGGCCUAUGGCACAGUGACAUGGACGAAUUGUCCACUUAUUAUAUCUGAAUUGUAAACACCAAUGGCUAGUUGGCAAGUGUUAAUUAUGAGCCCUGUGUAUAUGUAUUAUAUCUGUCAUAGUUUGCCUGGGAUUAGUGGGAGUUACACUCCUGGGGAGCAGUUAUCACCAGUUUAAUUCAGCUCAUUCCUGAGUUUAUAUAGUGGCAGAAAAUAAACGGUCUUGUACAGGGGCGGACUGAGAACCCUCAGGGCCCCCGGGCAAAAUAAAUCAAGGGCCCCCUUACAGGCCCCACCCAUACUCUGCAGCAAGCGCUACCCUUGUCCCGCCUCCAGCCACACCCUACACAAUCUUUAGACACAAGGAACAAAAGUGCAAUAAGCCCUUCGAGGCCCAAGUAGACUACAAUUGAGGGCUAAUAGGCUUGGAAGGGGGUCUUUCUAACAGAGGCCAUCUCAGCGUCCAUUAGAUAGCCCCUGCUGGAAACAGUCGCCUCCAGGCCCCAGUAGAGACUACAAUUGAGGGCUAAUGGGCCAUGGAGGGGAUUUCUAGCAGAGGCUAUCUCAGUGUCCUUUAGAGAGUGUGUUAUAAAGAAUCUCCUCCAGGCCCCAUUAGAGACUACAAUGGAGUCUAAUGGGGCCUGGAAGGUGGUCUCUCCAACACUCUGGUUCCUAUUCACAAUAUAGCAACACAACAUAGCUCGCUGAUAUCUAGGCCAAGUUGGCUCCUCUUACCUUAAUUACUGUUGCUGGCUGGCAGUCUGUGGGCUUGCUGGCUGCGGCUGGCAGGCUGUGGGCUUGCUGGCUGCGGCUGGCAGGCUGUGGGCUUGCUGGCUGCUGCCGGCAGGCUGUGGGCUUGCUGGCUACUGCCGGCAGGCUGUGGGCUUGCUGGCUACUGCCGGCAGGCUGUGGGCUUGCUGGCUACUGCCGGCAGGCUGUGGGCUUGCUGUCUGCGGCUGGCAGGCUGCGGCUUGCUGGCUACUGCCGGCAGGCUGUGGGCUUGCUGUCUGCGGCUGGCAGGCUGCGGCUUGCUGCCUGCGGCUGGCAGGCUGCGGCUUGCUGCCUGCGGCUGGCAGGCUGCAGCUUGCUGGCUGCGACUGGCAGGCUGUGGGCUUGCUGGCUGUAAGCCUGUGGCUUGCUGUAGGCCUGUAUGCUGGCUACUGGCCUGUGGGCUGGCUAACUGGCUGGCUGGCCGGCCUGUGGGUUGGCUGGCUGGCCGGCCUGUGGGCUGGCUGGCUACUGGGGCACUUGUAGAUUAUUUAAAGAAAUAAUCCAUGCACAAUAACCACUACUGCUCCAGAGUAAGUAGUCAAACCGUUUAAGAACAGUUUGACAACUUACCUGGGGUCUGCUGGGAUAUGGGGCUGUAGUAGGGAAUAGGAGCAGUGGUGCAAUGUGUGUGAAAGGUUCAGUGUGUGUGUGGGGUGUAGUGUGUGAAUGUGUAGGGUGUGUGGGCUGUGUACGUGUGUGGCAAUGUUAGUAUGGGGGGCUGUGUAUGGGGGUCUAUGUGUAUAUGGGUGGGCAGUGUGUGUGAGGCAAUGUGUGUAAAUGUGUAUGGUGUGUAUGGGGGCAGUGUGUGAAUUUGUAUGGUGUGUGUGGGGGCAGUGUGUUUAUGGGGCUAGAGUUCACUCUCACCACUGCGACCACCAGGAAUCCCUGGGGGUCACAGUGUUGAGAGUGAACUCAAGCCCGUAGCUCCAGGGCUAGAGUUGACUCUUGCAAGAGCGGUAACGUUGCCAUGGUAACCGCGGCAACGCUCUGUGCUCGCGCAAGAAGGAGCCAGAGGAGCUGCAGGGUGAGCUCCCAGGUCCUCUCUUCCUCCCUCCCCUGCCCGCACGGUGCCUGCGGACAGGGUGGGGGGGGGGGAAUUGCCCCGUUGCCCCCCUGGAUCCACCAGUGAUAUAUACAGCCCUUCUGUGUGCCUUUUUGUCUCCACCCAUCCCUCUGUAUGUUUCUUUCUCCCCCCUCCUUCCCAGUCUCUCUUACCCCUCUGCCUCUUUCUCCCUCUCUUCCACUGUUUUUCUCCCCCCUUUGCCUGUCUCUCUCUCCCCCACAUCUCUCUUCCUCUUUGUCUCUUUCUCCCCACUCCCCAUCUUUCUCCCCCUGUGUCUCAUUCUUCCUCUUUGUCUCUUUCUCCCCACUCCCCAUCUUUCUCCCCCUGUGUCUCAUUCUUCCCUCUCUUUCUCCCCCUCCCCCAACUCUCUAUUCCCCCUCUUUCUCCCCCUGUGUCUCAUUCUUCCCUCUCUGUCUCCCCAUCUCUCUAUUCCCCGUGUCUCAUUCUUCCCUCUCUGUCUCUUUCUCCCCCUCCCCAUCUCUCUAUUCCCCCUCUUUCUCCCCGUGUCUCAUUCUUCCCUCUCUGUCUCUGUCUCCCCCUGUGUCUCAUUCUUCCCUCUCUUUCUCCCCCCUCCCCAUCUCUCUAUUCCCCCUCUUUCUCCCCGUGUCUCAUUCUUCCCUCUUGUCUCUGUUCUGUGUCUCAUUCUUCCCUCUCUUUCUCCCCAUCUCUUUAUUGCCCCCCCUUUCUCCCCAUCUGUUUAUUGCCCCCUCUUUCUACCCCUCCCCAUCUCUCUAUUCCCCCUCUUUCUCCCCCCUCCCCAUCUCUCUAUUUCCCCUCUUUCUCCUCCCUCCCCAUCUCUCUAUUCCCCCUCUUUCUCCCCCUCUUUCUCCUCCCUCCCAUCCUCUCUGUUCCCCCCUCUUCCCCCCCCCUCCCCAUCUCUCGCAUUUACCCCUCUUUCUCCUCCCUCCCCAUCCUCUCUGUUUCCCCUCUUCCCCCAUCUCUCUGUUCCUCCCUCCCCAUCUCUCUGUUUCCCCUCUUUCCCCAUAUCUCUGUUCCUCCCCUCCCCCAUCUCUCUGUUUCCCCUCUUCCCCCCAUAUCUCUGUUUCCCUCUGCUUUCUCCUCCUCCCCACAUCUCUCUAUUGCCCCCCUCUUUCUCAGGUCUGGGGGCGGCCACUUCUUCGCGCUGGGCCGCCCGGUUGGGUGGCAGCCUCGCCGGUCCGGCGGCAUUCCUCUCACUAACGCUGAAGGAGGAGGCGGAGCAUGUCUCUCUGUCAUGCUCCUUUGCGGUUCCCACAUCCUGUGCUGGGAAUUGUGGGAACCGCAGGGAGCAUGACAGAGAGACAUGCUCCGCCUCCUCCUUCAGCGUUAGUGAGAGGAAUGCCGCCGGACCGGCGAGGCUGCCACCCGGUCCGGCGGCUCCAGCAUGAAACGGCCGGCCCCCUCACAGUGUGCCACCGGACCGGCCACCCGGUGGCACCUUCCUCUGAAGUCCCCAUAUGCCGCCCCCAAUCCAGCCCUGCCGCCGGGCCCCCCUCCCGGCCGGGCCCUCGGACCAUGUCCGAAGUGCCCGACCGGUCAGUCCGCCCCUGGUCUUGUAUUACCUUCUCACAUCAUACUUGCACCCUUUGUCUUUGAGACCUUUCUGCACAUGUUGUAUUGUUACUUCUCUGGUCAAGUUGUUUUUCUGCUGAUUCGUGCAAUGUUACAAAGUUAUACUUAGAAUAAUAAAGUUCCAUGGCCAAACAGCAAUAACAUGGAAUACUGAUUAACCUUUUCAGAAAGGAGUCUAGAACAGAUUACUCUGUCUGGCCUUUUGGCUGUUAAAUUGUUAAACUCUAUUUUGUCUUAUGUACAACAGAACAGAUUUGUUUUUUCUUUCCAUCUAAGUCUAUAAAUAAAACAACUCUCUUUAUUUUUCUGGUUUGUUUGUUUUAAAGGUACUGCUUGUUGGCAGCGAGGAUUUUACACUCAUUGGAAAACCUCUGCUUGGGUAAGGAAAUUCCUCUCCUCACACGAUGAUAUGAGCAUAUGCAGACGUUGAAAUAAUGAGACUUUUCUGCUGCUUAAUUUUAAGAAUGCAAACAAAUUCAGAAGCACCCCUAUUGUGAUCUCUUAAAAGGCCUUCUAAUUGGGAAUUAUUCUGGGCAAUGCACUGAAAUGUCUAGCAGCCAGGUUUAUGAAACAUAUCACAAAGAGGCAUGUAUAUCCCUGAAUGAGUGUGUUCUCUCCUUAAUCUACUUGAAAAUGGUUCUUUUAGUAUACCUGUCUUGGUACACAUAACUUAAGUCAGAGCAUGCAAUUUAAUGUUUUGUACUGUGUUGUCAUGCUUUCAUAACUUCUAGCAAAUGUUUCAUAUAAAAAAAAACAAAAAACCCCAACCUUUUAAUCACCUGUCAUUUAACGUUCUGUAAAAAAGUGCGGCCAAAAGAAUAGCAUCUGUGCUGAAGACUGAUAGUAGCAGGAGAACCUUCAUGCAGACCGCUGUCCUGCUCCCUUUCCCAGCAACUACAGCACAUGUGCAGUAGUUGAUGUGAUUAUUCUUCUGGUGAUCAUGUCGCACUCUUUGCCAUAAUAUUGGACUAGAGUGAGUGAGUAAGAUGUUAAACCAUUUUAACACAGUUUGAUAAUUUGACUGGUUUUUGCCUGCCUCCCACAGCCACUGGUCCUCUCCAUAGGACACAGCUGGACCAUGCAGGCGCUGAGUGAUCUCAGCCAAUGAGCAUGGUCAUGCAUCGGCUGUACUUUACCUUAUGGAGGCAUCCAAAUUCUCCUGCUGGAGAGGACCAGGUUCAGUGCUGGCACCCGUUGAAACCAGAUAAGUUAUCAAACUAUGCUAAAAUGGUCCGACCUCUUACUGUGGGAUGGCACAACUGCACUCCUGGCAUGGUAAACAAUGCAGCAUGCUCUCAUUGUUAUAUUUCUCAUAGUUCAUAUAUUGUGUUAUUACUUAUUUAACUAAUAUAUAUUUGUGAGGUAUAAAAAUAAAACUAUCGAAUUCCACACCUUAUUGUCCAGCAAAUGAACGCUUCCUUCUUAGCUCUCUGUCAGUGGUUGCUGUAAUCUUUUAUUUGUACGUGGCAGUCAGUAUAUAGGCAAAGCAUCCGGAGGAGUGGAGAAAUUAAACAUUGUUCCUAUUACUCCUCCUAAUUUCCAGUAUUUGUCCUGGCUUUGCCUUCUCUGAACCUGAUUGUGAUGUCGUUUUUUUAAACCUUCUUGUAAAUUGUAAGAGAGAAGUGACAAUUCCCCCAUUGUGUUUGUGAGAUAUUGUUUUUUUGCUGUGAUAAAUGUAACAAGACUCUAACAUUUGGCCUCAGGGGAUUGUAGAGUAGGAGGAAAAGGAAAGUUUUCAAUAGAAAUCAAAUUUCAUAAAGAGAAAAACUUGGUGUAUAGAAUUGGUGUGCUACAAACAUUACUAAUGUUACAGAGCUGCAGUUCCCGUGAUGCUUUGAAAUCCUUGAAUUUGGUAAAGCAUAUGAGUUGUAGUUGUACAUCAGUUAGGAAUCUUACUGAUAUACCACCCAUGAUAUAGAAUAAAGAGUAUUCUCCAAAUAAUUAUCAUGGAGUAUACUUCACAUGUGAAAGGAACAUUUUAUGAAAAAGGCGUCCUGCAAUAAAACCUCACAUUGAUAAUGGCCAAAUGCACACCCCAACUAGGCUGCUAUGUUAGCUAUUCACGUUUAUUUUAACCUCCAUAUGCUUUGUUCUAAUUAUUGCAGGAAAGACUUGGUGAGCGUUGAAGCUACAGUGAUAGAGAAAACUGAAUCACAGCCAAAGAUAAUCAUGAAGUUUUGGAGAAGACAUGGAUAUCAAAGGAAGAAAUGUAUGUUUUAAAGGACUGUGGGGAGGUUGCCCUAUGUUUGUAACUGUGGUUUUAGCUUGCGUCCAGUACUUAUAAAUCCCUCCCUCUGCCAAACGGCGCUUCUAUAGCCUGGUCACACACAACACUGGGUUGUGAACUUAGCAUUUUGAAGUCCCGUGCUGAGAGGUAAAUAAGGACAUUAACACAAAGACAAAUACUUACCCAUCUGCCUGGGUGUUCUCUUGACUGCAGUUCAGCUCGUAGGCUAGUGCUGUCAGUGACUGAGCUGCGUAUAUACUCUAAGAGGGAGGACAUCUCUUAGCGAGCAAUAACAACUUCUGCUCCUUUUGAAAUUACUCCCCUUAUAGCCCUGCCUAGACUUUCUGUGGUUGUCCAAUUACAGAUUUCCUAAUGCAGCUCAAUGAGAAGUCUUUGCAAGGCAGGUGCCCUGGGCAAUUGCUGCCUCUUUAAUUUAGCUCCACCAUGCUGAUCAAACCAGGAAGUAACAGGACCUGUUGUCUGAUUGAAAGUCAGGGUGGUGUAAUAGGUUAAUUUAUAAAAGUGCCAAUGUCUACUGAAAUCUAUACAUUUUGUAAAAUGAAAAAAAGACAAACUCUUCACUUAUAAAGCACUUCACCAAGCUGGGCUACUUUAGGGUUUCUGAGUAUCACUUUAAGUGUUCCAUUAAUCAAAUCCAAAUGGUAUAUCUGUUUCAAAUUCAUCAAAAUAUCACAUUCCAUAAAAUGUGUGUAAAUUCACAAAGAAAAUCCAUUCAAAUUUCACAAUACAUCUAUUAUAGAUAAUUAGGCUUGCAAGCUGCAGACAGCUGUUAGUACGCAGGUAGAUAAGAGAACAUUAAAGGGACCUGCAUCACUCUGAGACAACUGUUAGCUUUGAAUUAGCUUUUUCAUCAUAUUUACCUGCUUCCUCUUUCUUAUGCUUUCCACAAAAGUAAGUGCAUUGGACAUGCCUGGCAGAUUUACACAUGUGCAGUUGAGGAGAAGAAAAUGAGUCUUCUGAUCAGUGUGAUCAUGCAGAGCAUGUGUUGGUUUAUCUCUCCUGCUGCUUCACAAUAAUGCCCUGUUUAUGUCCGUAGUGGACUGGUCUGUGAGGGUGGGGGAAGGCUGAAUAAAGUCCCCUAGCUGAGAGUUGUGCCCAAAAAUUCACUCUGAGCAAGUUUAUAGUAAAUAUAUAAACAUUUAUUACAUUCUUUUCAAAGUUUGUCUUGGUUUAUUUCGGUUUGUGUAUUUGUUUAAAAGUGUUUGUUUGCUGUUAGGUGACGCGUGUCCCUUUUUACGUAAAUAAAACUAUGCCGUGGAACAGUUGAAUACACAGACAUGUCUUUCUCCUAGCCGGGUCAACAAUGAUCACACAUAUUGUGACAGCUUCAAGUUAAAAUUGAAAACAAGUAAUCUAACAAUAUGGAUAUAUAACAAUCUGUAAUAUGGUCGUACUAGUGCCAAUAUUAUUGAUACAGUCUCAAAGCCCUACAACUAGUCUGGAAGCUGACAAUGCUCUUUUCUUUUUGCAGGGAGUGUGACGCCGCAGACUGUCCUGAGGAUAAACACUAUUGAACUUGCUCCUGCUUUAUCUUAA